CAGUAUGUCACCUUGCUAAAGCUCACCUGGGAACUUGUGUGUUAGAGGACUCAAAUUUUCCCGUAUUCUGUGUGUGUUCAUGUUCAAGGACUGAGAAACACCAUGAAGAUUAUUUGGGGAUUACAAAUAAAUUUUAGCAUGUAGGCAUAUUUGCAAAUACAGAAUCCACAAAUAAUAUGGAUCAACUGUACCUGGGAGUAAAAUUGCUGUGUCAUAUGGUAACUCUGUGUUUAUUUUUUUGAGAAACUGCUGGACUGUUUUCCCUAGUGGCUAUACUGUUUUACAUUCCCACCAAUGUUGUAUGACAUUCCAGUUUUUCCUUGCCAACUCUUCUUCUCUCCCUCCUUCCCUUCUCCCUUCCUUCCUUUCCUCUCCCCUUCCUUCCUUCCCACUCUUCUUCCUUCCCUUCCUUCCUUUCUUCCCUCCCUCCCUUAUUCCUUCCUCUCUUUUUUUGACUAUAGCUAUCUUGUGGUAAGUCACUUCAUGUCGAACUCUUUGCGACUCAGCUUCCUCUACCUUUGAGAUUCUCCAGGCAAGGAUACUGGAGUGGGUUGCCGUGCCCUCUGCCAGAGGAUCUUCCUGAUCCAGGGAUGAAACCCGAGUCUCCUGUGGCUCCUGCAUUGUAGACAGGUUCUUUACCUCUGAGCCACCAGGGAAGCCCUAGGUAUCCUUGUGGCUGUCAAGUGGUCUCUCAUUGUGGUUUUAAUUUGCAUUUCCUUAAUAACUAGUGAUGCUGAGUGCAUAUUAGCCAUCUGUAUAUUUUCUUUAGAAAAGUCUCUAUUCUAAAACUUUGCCUGUUUUUAAAUUGGAUUAUUUGUCUUUUUAUUGUUGAGUCGUAAGUUUUAUAUAUUAUAAUUACUAGCCCCUUAGAUAUGUGGUUUGCAAAUAUUUUCUCCCACUCAAAAGGUUUUUUCACUUUCUUGAUAAUGUUCUUCGAUAUAUAAGUUUUUUAUAUUGAUGAAGCCCAAUUUCAUCUAUUUUUUUCUUUGACUACUUGUAUUACCUUCUUUAAUUUUGAAAUUGCUAUCAAUACAGCCCGUUGUAAGAGUUGUUUACACAUUUUUAUUAAAGAAAUCCUAAAAAGUUAGAUUUCAUGGAUUCAGUAAAUUAUCACUUAUUUGUCAAUAGCUGUCAUAUGUAAUUUUAAAGCAUUUAUUUGCAGGUAUUUGCAAGGUUUUUAUGUUGUUGUGACUGUGGAAUUUUAAAUACUGGCAUCAACAGGACCACAAAUUUAUAAAAAGCAGUGUUAAAUUCAUUUAACUGUUUUUGUUAAGGACAAUUGAAGAGAAACACUUAAAACUGCUUUAAAUAAUACUUUCUGUUUUAAUAAAGAAGCCUGCCUCUUUGAAAAACUAUGAACUUUUUGCCUUAAAAGCAGAGUCUCAAGAGCCAUUUGUGAGAGAACACAAGAAUCCCCGGAACUUGGAAAUAAACACGAAUUGGUGUUUAUUUGUGUUAGUUUAAAUGCAGUAGCCCUAUGUGUCAGAAAACUGAAUCUGCAACACUUAAGUUAGGCUAAGCAAGCAAAUAAUGUCAGCUAACAUGGCUUUAAUCUACUAAGUAACUUUAAGUCCAAAAGAUCAAAGGAAGUUAUAACUAAAAACAGUCCUUCGUGCAAUUUCCCUGUAGAAGCAGGAAAAGGCUAGAAAUUACAUGUCAGCUUCAUAUCCUGGCUUGCUGACCUUGCGCUCAGAUCAAGCCCCUCUGUAUGCCAGCUGUUACCAUUACGGAGACCUUGCCCCCAGGGGUUAAGUAGGAGAAAACCUCUCCUGUCCUAUAGGAGAGCAAACUCGGAAAGUUCCAGCCCCUGACAUGCCUAAUUCAAGGCAGUCUGCAUGUGCUUGUCAUUCGUCUGUCCGCUGCUCCGAGGAGCUGCUCCCGCGGCUCCCUGGUCGCCCUCUGCUGUGCUGGGUCCUGCGGCCACUCUCGGCUGUGGCUGCUGUAGUCACUUGCAGACCAGACCGAACCAGGAACGCUGCUUCUCUUAGCAGAAAGGGUUAGGAAACUGGAGCAUGGCUAUGAGCAACGGAAACAGCGAUUUUAUGGUUCUGAGCAAUGGCAGCAUCGCAACCAGUGCUACCACCCCUUCUCCCCUCACCCCCGGUGAUGGAGACCCUGCAGCCCAGCAGCUCGCACCCAAAGAAGCACCCAGAACAAAAGUGAGUCCAAAUGGAUGCCUGCAAGUUAAUGGCACAGUUAAAUCAUCCUUUCUGCCUUUAGACAACCAAAGAACGCCGCCGGUGUUACCCCAGUGCUGCCAUCCUUGCCCAUACCAUCACCCUUUGACUCCCCAUGACAGUCACCAAGAGUGCCAUCCCGAGGCUGGCCCUGCAGCACCUCCCGCUUUGGCCUCGUGUUGCAUGCAGCCACACUCAGAGUACUCUGCAUCUCUCUGUCCAAACCAUUCACCUGUUUAUCAGACAACGUGCUGUCUUCAGCCCUCUCCAUCCUUCUGCCUGCAUCAUCCGUGGCCUGACCAUUUUCAGCAUCAGCAUGUGCCGCAGCACAUAGCCAACAUCAGACCAUCCAGACCUUUCAAGUUACCAAAAAGUUACGCAGCCCUGAUAGCAGACUGGCCUGUGGUCGUCUUGGGCCUGUGCACGGUGUUCAUCGUGGUCUGUGCCUUGGUUGGAGUAUUAGUGCCAGAGCUUCCCGAUUUCUCUGAUCCAUUGCUGGGUUUUGAACCAAGAGGGACUGCAAUAGGCCAGAGACUGGUCACAUGGAAUAACAUGGUGAAAAAUACAGGAUACAAGGCAACAUUAGCAAAUUACCCCUUUAAAUAUGCAGAUGAACAAGCCAAAAGCCAUCGGGAUGAUAGAUGGUCAGACGAUCAUUAUGAAAGAGAGAAGAGAGAAGUUGACUGGAACUUCCACAAGGACAGCUUUUUCUGUGACGUUCCAAGUGACCGAUAUUCCAGAGUAGUAUUUACUUCAGCUGGAGGGGAGACAUUGUGGAAUUUACCUGCAAUUAAAUCAAUGUGCAAUGUAGAUAAUUCAAGGAUCCGAUCGCAUCCGCAGUUUGGCGAUCUCUGCCAGAGGACCACGGCUGCUUCCUGCUGCCCCAGCUGGACGCUGGGGAACUACAUCGCUAUUCUGAACAACAGAUCAUCCUGUCAGAAAAUCGUGGAGCGCGAUGUUUCUCAUACCUUGAAGCUUCUCCGCACCUGCGCCAAACACUACCAGAACGGCACCCUGGAGCCAGACUGCUGGGAUAUGGCAGCCCGGAGGAAGGACCAGCUCAAGUGCACCAACGUGCCACGGAAAUGCACCAAGUACAACGCCGUGUACCAGAUCCUCCACUACUUGGUGGACAAGGACUUCAUGGCCCCGAAGACAGCCGAUUCCACGCCCACUCUGAAAUACAGCAUGCUCUUUUCGCCCACCGAGAAAGGCGAGAGCAUGAUGAACAUCUACCUGGACAACUUCGAAAACUGGAACGCAUCCGACGGCGUCACCACUGUCACCGGCAUUGAGUUUGGUAUCAAGCACAGCUUGUUUCAGGAUUAUCUUCUGAUGGAUACCGUGUAUCCCGCCAUCGCCAUGGUGAUCGUCCUUUUAGUCAUGUGCCUCUACACCAGGUCCAUGUUCAUCACCCUGAUGACGAUGUUUGCCAUUAUCAGUUCUUUGAUCGUGGCCUAUUUUCUCUACCGCGUGGUGUUUAACUUUGAAUUUUUCCCUUUUAUGAACCUCACCGCGCUUAUUAUUCUGGUGGGCAUUGGAGCAGACGAUGCUUUCGUCCUAUGUGACGUCUGGAACUACACCAAAUUUGACAAGCCUCACGCGGAAACAUCAGAGACAGUGAGCAUCACGCUGCAGCACGCUGCCCUGUCCAUGUUUGUCACCAGUUUUACCACGGCAGCUGCCUUUUACGCCAACUACGUGAGCAACAUCACGGCCAUCAGAUGCUUCGGGGUGUAUGCGGGGACAGCCAUCCUCGUCAAUUACGUGCUGAUGGUCACGUGGCUUCCGGCGGUGGUUGUCCUGCACGAGCGGUAUCUGCUUAAUAUCUUCAGCUGUUUCAAGAAGCCCCAGCAGCAGAUUUACGACAACAAAAGCUGCUGGACGGUGGCCUGUCAGAAGUGCCACAAAGUCCUUUUUGCCAUUUCAGAAGCAUCUCGAAUUUUUUUUGAAAAAGUCUUGCCGUGCAUCGUUAUUAAGUUUCGCUACCUCUGGGUAUUCUGGUUCCUGGCCUUAACGGUGGGCGGGGCCUACAUCGUCUGCAUAAACCCAAAGAUGAAGCUGCCCUCCUUGGAGCUCUCCGAGUUUCAGGUGUUCAGGUCGUCUCACCCUUUUGAACGUUACGACGCCGAGUACAAAAAGCUGUUCAUGUUCGAGCGCGUCCACCACGGAGAGGAGCUCCACAUGCCCAUCACGGUCAUCUGGGGUGUAUCCCCAGAGGACAACGGCAACCCCCUAAACCCUAAGAGCAAAGGGAAGCUGACCUUGGACAGCGCCUUCAACAUCGCUAGUCCGGCUUCACAGGUCUGGAUUUUGCACUUCUGUCAAAAACUGAGAAAUCAGACCUUCUUUUACCAGACCGAUGAACAGGACUUCACCAGCUGCUUCAUCGAGACAUUUAAGCAGUGGAUGGAAAACCAGGACUGCGAUGAGCCUGCCUUAUACCCCUGCUGCAGCCACUGGAGCUUCCCCUACAAGCAGGAGAUUUUCGAACUGUGCAUCAAGAGAGCCAUCAUGGAGCUGGAGAGGAGCACAGGCUACCACUUAGACAGCAAGACCCCGGGGCCGAGGUUUGACAUCAAUGACACCAUCAGGGCAGUUGUGCUAGAGUUCCAGAGUACCUACCUCUUCACCCUGGCUUAUGAAAAAAUGCAUCAGUUUUAUAAAGAGGUGGACUCAUGGAUUUCCAACGAGCUGAGUUCUGCCCCUGAGGGCCUCAGCCAUGGCUGGUUUGUCAGCAAUCUGGAGUUCUAUGACCUCCAGGACAGCCUCUCCGAUGGCACCCUCAUUGCCAUGGGGCUGUCCGUGGCCGUGGCCUUCAGUGUGAUGCUGCUGACCACUUGGAACAUAAUCAUCAGCCUUUACGCCAUCAUUUCGAUUGCCGGAACUAUAUUUGUCACUGUGGGUUCCCUCGUCCUACUGGGCUGGGAGCUGAACGUUUUGGAGUCAGUCACCAUUUCGGUGGCGGUGGGCCUGUCUGUAGACUUUGCUGUCCAUUAUGGGGUGGCUUAUCGCUUGGCCCCAGACGCUGACCGAGAAGGGAAGGUGAUCUUCUCUCUGAGUCGCAUGGGCUCUGCCAUCGCCAUGGCCGCACUGACCACCUUUGUGGCUGGGGCCAUGAUGAUGCCCUCUACGGUUCUGGCUUACACCCAGCUAGGCACCUUCAUGAUGCUCAUCAUGUGUAUUAGCUGGGCUUUCGCCACCUUCUUUUUCCAGUGCAUGUGCCGGUGCCUUGGGCCGCAGGGGACCUGCGGUCAGAUCCCUUUACCUAAAAAACUCCAAUGCAGUGCCUUCUCCCACGCCUUGUCUGCAAGUCCCAGUGACAAGGGACCAAGCAAGACACACACCCUGAAUGCUUAUCAUUUAGAUCCCAGGGGCCAGACAUCAGAAAUGGAACAUGAGUUUUAUGAAUUGGAACCUCUGGCAGCCCACAGCUGUGCAGCAUCUGAGAAGACCACUUACGAAGAGACCCACAUCUGCUCUGAAUUUUUCAGCAGCCAGGCGAGGCAUUUAGGGCUGCCUGUCCAUGCAGCUUACAACAGUGAACCCAACAAAAGCACCAAAAAUGAAAUGAGCCCUGCCUUGUUGCAGGCCUCUCUUGAACAGCACACCAUGUGUCACUUCUUCUCUCUGAAUCAGAGAUGCAGCUGCCCAAAUGCCUACAAACAUUUGAAAUACAGCCCACCCUGCUGCCAGCAGAUGGGCGACUGUUUGUGCCACCAGUGCGCUCCCACUGCCAGCAGCUUUGUGCACGUCCAGAACGGCCUGGCGCCUCUGAAGACCGCACACCAAGCCCCCGAGGGCUUCGUGCAUCCGGUCCCUCGCAUCCACCCCUGUCCUGGCCGACAGUGCAGGGCAAAACCGCCUGGAGCCCAGAAUGCUCUGCCCAGGAGUUUCUUCCUCCACCCAGUGCAGCACAUUCAGGCCCAAGAAAAAAUCACUAAGACCAGUGUACACAGUCUUCAGAGCCUCGAAGAGCAUCUUCCAAAGAUGGUAGAGCCAUCAUCUUUGGUUUGCAGAAGUGCCGGAGCCUUACACAAAGCCUGCUGUGGUCCUGAGACUCACCCAAGGGGACUCUGUAAAAACAGAGACCUCGGGACCAUGGAGGGAAGUGGCGGGGCCGCCGCCAAGGACUCCGUUUCAGUGAGUCAGACCAACAAUGCAGAAAGGCAGGUGGAGCCGAGCCCAUCACAGACUGAUGUCAUUGUGAGCUCGGAACAUUUAAAUCAGAAUGAACCCAAAUUUCUAUUUAACCAUUUAAUAGGGGAGGCCGGUUAUAUGUCCUGCCCAAACAACCCACAGAGCCGUGGCAGACUUGUGAGAGUGAAGUGCAAUUCUGUGGACUGUCCAAUACCAAACAUUGAAGCCAAUGUGCCUGCUCUAUUAACACCCUCGGAACUUUCUGGCGAAAGUUUGUUAAUAAAAACACUUUAAUAAAUAUAGUGUUAAACCA